AUGCGCAUCUCGGCCACUGUUUCCGCCUUCGCCCUCGCUCUCCACCUUGGAGGCGUUGCGGCCCUCGGCCCUCGUCAAGAAGCCAGCGAUGAGAAGGAGACUCCCACCUUCAUCGCCAAGAGCUUCAUCAUCGAAUACGCUCCUGGUUCCAGUGCUCGCGUUCGUCGUCAAAAUGUCGCCUCCACAGACGGCAUCACCGUCGUCAAGGAGUUCGCCAGCAACGUCUUCUCCGGUGCCAGCAUCGAGACUGACACCUUCACUCUCGACACCCUGCAGGAGCUCCCAGACGUCGUCAACGUCUGGGUCAACGAGCAGAUCAAGCUUGCGCCGACGGAACCCAAGGCCGCUGCGCCUGAGGAUGCUCCCACAUAUUCGACACACAAUGCCACUGGUGUAGCCAAGCUUCACGCCCAGGGCAUCUUUGGUAAGGGUGUCAAGGUUGGUGUUGUUGAUACCGGUAUCUGGUACAAGCACCCUGCUCUGGGUGGCGGUUUCGGCCCUGGUUUCAAGGUCGCCGAUGGCUACGACUUUGUCGGUGAUGGUUCAUACCCGGCCAGCGGUCCCAAGGCGCCCGAUGAAGAUCCUCUCGACACCCGCGGCCACGGUACCCACGUUGCUGGUAUCGUCGCUGGCAAGACUGACUCGUGGGUCGGUGUCGCCCCCGAGGCCACUCUUCACGCUUACAAGGUCUUCUCCAACGCGGCGUCUACCGACACGGCUACUCUCAUUGAGUCAUUCCUUGCCGCGUACGACGACGGUGUCGACAUCAUCACUGCCAGUAUCGGUGGCUCCAACGGCUGGUCUAACAACGCUUGGGCCGAAGUUGCUUCCCGUUUGGUUGAUGAGGGCAUCGUCGUCACCAUUUCCGCUGGAAACAGCGGUGCCAGCGGCCCUUUCUACGGUAGCUCUGGAUCGUCCGGCAAGAAUGUCAUUGCUGUGGCUUCCGUCGAGACGGAGGUUUUCCCAGCCAUCCCCUUCGAAGCUACCUACGGCGGCAGCGAGACCGUUCGCGUCGGAUACCUUCCUGCGGGAACCUACUUUCCCAACACCAUUAUCGACUGGCCGAUUGUCGCCCUCAACACCGAUACGAGUGCCACCGCUGAUGGCUGCACGCCCUACCCGGCGGGCAGCCCCGACUUGACGGGCAAGAUUCCCUUGGUUCGUAGAGGAACCUGCACAUUCCAGGUGAAGCAAGAGAACCUUGCUGCCCUGGGCGCGAAGUACAUCCUCAUUUACAACAACGCAUCGCCCAUGACGACUCCCAGCACCAGCAACACUGACAGCCAGAUCGCCAUGAUCACUGCCGACUCCGGUGCUGCCUUCAUCAACGCCAUCAAGGCCAACACCACCGUCACUGCUGACUUCUCGGUCAACCCCGAGAUCCCAAUUGCUCUCGACUACCCGGCUGGAAACCGCCCCAACAUCUUCACUAGCUGGGGUCUGCUGUACGACAACCAGCUAAAGCCUGACAUUGCCGCCCCCGGUGGUAAUAUCUUCUCUACCUACCUCGACGGAACCUACUCCAUCCUGUCGGGCACGAGCAUGGCCUGCCCUUACGUGGCUGGUGUCGCCGCGCUCUACAUCUCUGAGAAGGGUGGUCGCAGCGUCCAGGGCAAGGGUUUCGCUCGUGCUCUGUCCCGUCGCAUCAUCUCUAGUGGUUACGCUCUGCCUUGGUCCGAUGGAACUGCUACGGACUAUGGCUACAGCGCACCCCCCGCCCAGGUUGGUAAUGGUCAGAUCGACGCCUGGAAGAUUCUCAACUACAACACUCAGCUCGAAUUUGAGAAGAUCCAGCUCAACGACACCCGCUACUUCAGCCGGUACCACGAUGUUACCGUCACCAACAACGGCAAGUCAGAUGUCACCUACAAGUUCUCCGUUCAGCCCGGUGCUGGUGUGGAUGCCCUCGCCUGGAUCCCCGCCACCUCCAGCCUUCCCGGAACUAAGCGCGUCAAGACCUUUGCCCAACUUGCCCCCAAGACGUACACUCCGGACAUCAGCCUUCCUCGUGACUUCACCCUGAAGGCUGGCGAGACUAAGACUGUGUCCGUUAACUUCAACAACCCCGACAACCUUGGCUGGAACGCGACCGGCCUGCCGCUCUACGGAGGCAAGGUCGUCAUCCAGGGCAGCAACGGCGAGCAAGUCUCAGUUCCCUAUGCCGGUGUCGGUGCCGAUCUCCGCAACACCCUUGGCGGUGUCCACGAGGCUGGCUGGCCGCAAUCUGUCUCAACCGUGAACGAUAUUCCCAUUAGCCAGAAGGCGUCGUACUCCUUUGAUCUCAGCAUUGAGGCUCAGGACUUCCCUAGGAUCUUCCAGAAGCUCCUUUGGGGAACCCGCCAGACACGUUGGGACAUUUACGAGGCUGGCUGGACUGAGCGCCAGUGGGUCUACCCUCCCGUUGAGGGCCAGAACGGUUACAUUGGUUCGGCCGCAUCGUGGGUCGGCUCUGGCGAAAUCCAGACUUUUGACCCGGCGCAGUAUGACCCCAACGAUACCUUCACCUACCCCAUCACCGACAUCUACCGCAACGCUGGCGCGACCUACCACGAGCACUGGUGGUUCGGCAAGCUGGGCAACGGCACGCAGAUUGCGCCUGGUAACUACACCUUGCGCUUUGCCGCUCUCCGUCCUUUCGGAAACCCCACGCACGCGGACAACUGGGAUGUCUACAAGACCCCUCAGAUCCAGGUCACGGGAAAGUACUAG